AUGGCAGCAAACCACAUUGCAUCCGAGCAAGCACAAAGUAGCCACCAGCUCGUAGCAUCUCUAGCUGACCUUCCCACCGCUGAUCUCGUUCGGUUUACUCUUCAAAAGCCCGACGUGGCUCGAGUGUUCGCCGCUUCGAUUCAUCAUCUCGCCGUCGAAGCCGCAUCAAGCCCACUCCCUGCUACGAACGUAUCUUUACUUGCACAUGGUCAUGUCGAAAUUCUGACACGUCUCAUCGAGCGCGGAGACCCUUCUCUGGCAAGGAAGUUUGUUCCCACCCAAGGCUCUCUUCUCGACCUCGCUGCGGCAGCACCUAAAGAAUCACGCUCGGCUGUCGCCCUCAUUUUGGAACGUCUUCUCGAUGCAACGAGUGUAAAGGAGAUCAUCUCUGGUCUUUCUUCUCAGUUCGCCGGCAUUGCCUCAGUGGAAGACCAGCAAGAUGCUGCUGCGAUCCCAUCAGUCGUGCGCACCCUCGCACGCCUCUCCAACGCCUUCCUUCUCGCCUGUCCGCGCCGGCUACUCAAAGCCAAUUUGAGCUCACUUCAAGCAUGGGUCCGAUCUUGUGUUCAUAUCUACGACAAUGUUCUCCCGCAAGCAGCAAGGAGACUCUCAGGAGACGCUGUUCCCGCAAUGAGCGAACUAGACCUGACCAACCUUAACGCUCAAAGCUGGCAACUUCACUGGCUGACUAGUCGCGUCGACUUGCUCCAACUCGUCUCGGUCCUGCUCGACAACCUUAUUGGCUCUUCAAAGCUCGUCGAUGCUCUGCGCGAGAGUAUGACGGACACCGACAAGCUGCUCAACAAGGGAGGCUUUUCCACGUUGCUCAACUCGACAGUGCUGCUUGAUCUAGCUGCCACCUCCGAUUCAUGGCCAUCGCUGCGGUCUGAGCUGCUGUCCAAUGUCUCGAGCAAGAAGGGUCAGGGUUAUGAGACGAUUACUUCUAUCGAUACACUCGCCACAUCAGUACCCAAGUUCAACGGCGCGGCCUGGGAUGCUUUGCAUCGCUUUGUUGCCUCGCAAGCACCAGAGCCAGCUGCGACAGCUCCACAAUCCGCCCGCGACUCGGCAAGCUCAUUGUCGGAGGCUGUAUUGGCAUCUGUCGACUCGAUCUUGCCGCACUACGGCAUGGAACAUCUCCGCACAAUUCUCUCACGCCCCUCGUUCGCCGGUCAAAGCGCAGAGAUGGUGAUCCAGAGGUUACUAGAGGGCGACGAAGGCGAGCCAGACGCACCAGCUUCCACCGUGUUGUCAUCCCAGACUGAAGCCACACCGCGAAUCACACCUGCUCAGGAGUCGGUUUCACUCCCACCUGCUCCUGCAGAGGUGCCACCAACAACGUCAGCACCCGCGCCCGCGUCGCUCGUCAAGUCAAGAGCCAACCUCUUUGGCGACUUUGCAUUCGAUCCUGCCUCCAUCGUGCAACCCAAGCUGGCAAGGACCGGAAGGGUGGAUGAGCUUGCACCGGAGCUCAAAGCGGCCAUUCUCGCGCGCGCUGAAGCGGCUGAUGAUGAUGAUGCCGAAGAAGAGUGGAAUCCUUUCGCCGAGGGACAUCGCACGGUGGGUGUCGAGGACGAGUUGGACUUGGAUUACGAUGGACGUGAACGGAGUUCUGCUCCUCGUCGGACAGCGCAGGAUGACGAGGAGCUGGACGAGGAUGAUGAUGGAGCAGCAGCGGGCCACGAGGACCAGGCACGACUGCGGGAACGUGUGCUCUUGCGCCACUAUGUCCAGUACGGCUCCGGCUCGUUUUCAGCUGACGCGUCGACGAGGCGUAGUGAUGCGCGGCACAGGUUGAAGGAGCAAACCGGCUACAGCGAUGAUCUGAUCGAGUCGUGGGCAGUCAUGCUCGACCGCAAUCCGAAGAAAGACCGCCUGCUGGCUGCAGCGUCGCAGUCAGGAUUGGACGAGCAGCUUGCGUCGCGCGAUUCGCGCAAUACCAGCGAUGCAGACGACGACGGUGCGCACGACAGCAGGCGAUUCGGACCGGACCGUGGACGCGGUGGACGCAUCUUGCGCGGCGGUGGUCGUGGCGGCAGUAGCGGCGCAAGAGGUGGCGGUCAUCGUGGCGGUGCUGCUGGUGGGAAUGGUGGGAAUGGUGCCGGCGGUGCUAGUGGCUCACAGACAAAGAACGCGAGCCGAGGAAGAGGGACCGGCAACUCUGGCACCGACCGAUCCGCAAAGCAGAAGGAGAAGGCGGGCAACAAAGCACGUCAGAAGGGUCACGAUAAGAAGAUGGCUCGUGUCGCGCCGUGA